CUAAAACACACCGCGAAGUAGGUGUCUGGCUGCUCUCAUCAAAACAGCAACUACCGAAUUCCUCUUCCGUUGAUUGAUCACUGCAUAGUACUUUGCACCGUCACGAGUUCGAUAUGUCUACUCACGACCUCGAACCCACCUUACCAUCUUCUCCAGGGAAGCUUCCAGAAGCUAGCGCACAGUUGCAAACGAACCUUCAGCAAGAUGAAGAACCAGGGCCAGUGCGCACCAUGCACGGCUUCAAGUGGUUCCUGGCCUACAGCUCUUUGCUCUCUACCGUGCUCUUCUAUGCGCUCGACGGCACUAUUGUUGCAGCCAUUCAGCCUCAGAUAAUCGAAACAUUUGGCGAGACCGAAAAGUUACCAUGGAUUGGGGUGGGCAUGUUUCUUGGAGCUUUGUCAAUACUACCCAUCGGCAAAGCAUUCGGCGUCUUCAAUGUCAAGUGGUUGUUCCUUGGUGUCGUCACUCUCUUCGAGCUAGGUAGCGCUGUCUGCGGCGCCGCUCCCAGCAUGGACGCCUUCAUCAUCGGACGAGUCCUGCAGGGCAUUGGCGCAUGCGGAUGCUACGCGGGCGCCGUAACCUUUGUCUCUUUAACCACUAGCAUGCGCGAGCGACCCAUCUAUAUCUCGGGCGUGCUUGCUACAUGGUCCGUCGGCUCCGUCGUGGGCCCUGUCAUCGGCGGGGCAUUUGCACAGAGCAGUGCGACAUGGCGAUGGGCAUUUUACAUCAACAUUGUCUUCGCGGCUUUUACUGCGCCGUGGCUGAUCUUGUAUCUGCCUAAUAUUGAUCCAGCAAAAGAUUUAAGCUUUAAAGAGAAGAUGAUGAGGCAAGAUUGGCUUGGAAUAGUCAUUUUUGUGGGUGGCGCAACCUGUUUGUCUCUGGGUCUUACCUUCGGUGGGACUGUGUACUCGUGGAACAGCGCGCCAGAGAUUGUGCUUUGGACUCUCUCGGGCGUUCUCCUCAUUGUCUUCCUGUUGGUCACAAUUUAUCAUCCCACAGUCACGCUACGAGAUCGACUGUACCCUCUGCAUUUGAUGAAGCGACUGGAGCUCAACCUGCUGGAGCUCGCACUAUUCAUGGCCUCGGGAUGCAUGGUGACGACACUCUAUUACAUCCCCUUGCUGUUCCAAUUUACGCGCAACGAUGGGCCUCUCAAAGCUGGUGCGAGGCUCAUGCCUUUCCUUGCCGGCCUGAUCUUCUUUUCCAUUCUAAACGGAGCCUUGAUGCCGAAAUGGGGUUAUCAUAUGCCAUGGUAUGUCGUUGGGACUGCCAUGAUUUUGGUCGGGGCUGCCCUCAUGAGUGUCAUCGAUGCGUCAACCUCCGAGGCAUAUAUUUAUGGUGCCACGCUACUCAUCGGAAGUGGCUGUGGAGCUUUCUUUUCCGCAGGCUUCUCAGUCAUCCCGAAACUUCUUCCAACCUCCGAGCUUAGCGAUGCUAUAAGCUUUUUAUCCAUCGGCCAACAGAUGGGUUUCAUUGUGAUUCUCAGCAUAUCAGGGACGAUAUUCCAAAACACUGGGGCGCAAAAGAUUAGCCAGAUAAUGCCUGAUAUGCCGUUCAGCGACGUCAUCCAAUUGACGACAGGAACCCAUAGUGCGAUCUACAAGAGCCUUCCUUCUGAAUUACAGGUUCAAGUAGUGGAUCAAAUCACGUUUGCACUCCGCAAUGUGUUCCUCGUCAUGGUCGUUGGCUCCGCGCUAGCUUUAAUCGGGUCCUUCUUUCUGAAUCGUUGGAAACUUUACUGAAGAUGGUGGCAUAGCUUGAAAUUACCAUGUCUUCUAGGAUCAGCGAUGUGAUCAAGCAUGGUCAGCAUUGAGAGGUCUCUGACUAUGGAUGAUCGUAAUAGUGUUAAGGUAUUUGCAGUCAAAGGUAACACGGAUAGCUGGAAGCCAACAAACUGGCAAGCCUUUAAAGGUUUGCAGGCUAAAAGGGGGCGUAGACGGAUGUUUCACAUCGUAGAGCAUAUAACGAUUGUACUUCCUGGGCGAGCCGCCCACCCGGGCGAACCGCUCACUUUUAUCAAGACCGCACCAAACUUCACACGACCUACAAUGUCUCACCGCAAGAACGCAAGGAAGCCCUUAGAUGGAGCAGAUAUAUAGUGUGCUAUCUAAGCUAUCAAAGAAGACACGACACUCUCC